AUGGAUACGCUGUCGUCCGAUCCGUCAGACCCCAGAUUACCGUCGGAGCGUAAGAAAGCAAAGGCGCCCCCUAUUGCUAAUCAAUUUGCGCUUGGAUAUACGUACCAAGAUGUCCUUGAUGCGGACCAGGAAGAUAUUCUCGCCCGAGUAUCUGCUUACUUUCUCUCCGAACCCUCUCCCGCUUUUGCUCCACUUCUAAAACCACUCUUCACCCCAAAAUCCGUCCGUGAAACCCUCAUAGUACUCCUUCUGGACUGGGAAUCUCCAUGGCUUUGGAUAAGGCAAUUACGAGACUGGGUCCGGUUAUUAAGAUCUGUUUUGAUUUCUCUGGAUGAUGAUACGAAGUUGGUGAUGGAAGAAGUCAUGACGGACUGCAAGGGGCUACAGAGGGGCCUGGAAUCAUCAUACCCGACCGGUUCUGGCCCGCCCGUGACAAUACCUCUAGGACCAGGAGAAUGGGACGAAGGCCUGGGAAUCCCUAUGUGUGUUGUUUGUCAAGGAGCCGAAAAAAUUGAGAAGCUGGAGAAGGAUCACGGAUGGCGGGAGGAAGAAUUCGAUUUCAUUUUGCAAUUCAUGCGCACAGUUCUUUUGAAACAUGGCUCGUCGCUCAUUUACACUACACCAUUUCUCUCAAACUCUCUACACAGCUUGAUACACUCCUCUCUCGGUAUCCACUCGCUUCUUAAGAGACAGUCUUUAAAGCACAAUGUUAUCGAUAGGGACAAGAUAUUAGUACCAUCUAACUGGGAUUCGUGGGGUAAGAUACGCAUUAUCAGAGAAGGCUUUGAUAUGGAAGGUGUUGGAACAGCAUGGUCGAUUGAAAUCCAAGAGUCUAUAUCACCCUCGACGGAUGGAGAUGAAGCGACUAUCAGUGAACCGAACCCAGAAGACGCUAUAACCGCCGUAGCGAUGUAUGAGCAGACCAUACAUGACCCCAAACAAAGCAUGGCCAUCGCACGCACCGCCCAAUCUGACGACAGCAAACUAGAGAUUGAAGCUGUCGAUACGCAGACGUUUUUAACAGAGCAGCUACAACUGCUAGAACAAUUGAAAGCCGAAGAUGAAAAGCAGGAACGUCAGAUUCGCAAAGAAGGAAUUCUAAAAGAGAGUCCUAUGAUCGACGAGACUGGUCGAGUAAAUGAACACAUUGGGCCUGUUCAAUUCAAUAUGGGCGGUAUCCAGGUCGAUGCUGAUGAUAUGUUAAGGAGGCUGAAGGAACGGGAGGCUAACCGAGCAUCCAGUCGGAGGGAUGGUCAACCGGACAGUGAAUCACCGCUUGUAGGGUCUGUUGGCUCAUCACCUAUCACCCCAAGCGGAGAUAUGAAAAUGCAGAAUCAAAGUCUGGCCACGUUCUUUGCUGGCUUGGUUAAAAAACCCGGCAGUAGUCCCCGUUCUAACCAACCAUCCUAG